AAUUUUCUCCACCCGGAUAAUUUCACAGUGACACCAAAUGUGUCUCAUGGAGAGUGACUGUAGCCGACCUUGUUAGAAACAUGAAAAUACCAGAAUGGACGUACUAGGUAUCUUCAGUAUUAUAUUGUUGAGUAUUUGAAGACGUUUUAUUUGAGAAAGUUUUUUUUUGCAGAAACAGGAAACACAGCAUAUUUUAAAGCGUAGCCAUGAUUCCUUUGCUGAAAUCUGCUCUCUGCGGUGUGAGUAGUAGAGCUGUAGGAUGUGGAGGUGUCUUGCAAAACUAUGCUACUAUGCUCACUUCGGGGCUCAAGACCUACAGUCCGCUUCCGGACUAUGCAGAUGUGGUGAUUCCUGAGAGGACGAAGCUGAAGUUCAUGGAUAAGGUCCCCACCUUGAAGAAAGUCCGGCGGGAGAUGAAGAGGCUGAAAGACAUUGUGGGGCCAGAACAGAAGGAGAACAACUUCACUUCGGGACAAUAUGGCAUUGUGGCAAUGGGUGGAGGUUACCUGCACUGGGGCCACAUGGAGAUGAUGCGGCUGACCAUCAACCGGCGCAUCGACCCUCGUAUAACCUACGCUUUGUGGCGCAUCGACGCCCCCUACAAACCCAUCACCAGCAAGGGCCUUGGGAAGCGCAUGGGUGGUGGCAAGGGCGCCGUGGACCACUAUGUCACACCCAUACGCUGUGGACGCCUCAUAGUGGAGCUGGGGGGCCGCUGCGAGUUGGGGGAGGUGAAAGGUCUGCUGACUGAGGUGGCCAAGAAGCUGCCCUUCCCUGCCAAGGUGGUGAGCAGAGAGAGCCUGGCUGAGAUGCAGCAGGCUGCCGCCGCCAGGGAGCUGAACAACCAGAACCCUUGGACCUUCGGUCGCAUUGCCACGGCCAACAUGCUGGGGAUCCGCAAGGUGCUGAGCCCAGUCGACCUGCGGCACCACGGCCGCUACACGGGCAAGUUCCACUUGCCAGAGAGGGUGUGAACCAGGGGGGGGGGGAUUUCCACAGAGCAUGCUGUAACUAAGUGUUACCAUGGUUACAAUUGUUGUAAAA